AAUGGCAUCAUAAGGGGAUUCAAGGUUCAUCUCCAUGAAAUUCCGUUUAAUGGCACAGUGGAGGAAAUGGAAGUAGAACCUCUUCUCCACUGGAUUAUUCUUGAUAAUUUGAAGAAAUUCACCGCCUACUCCAUUCAAGUUCGUGCCUUCACUACUGAAGGAUAUGGACCCGGAAAUAAUCUCACUGCUCGCACCAGUCAGGAUGUACCUACCAGACCUCCGGCGAGUAUCACCACAGCAAGUCACGUCUCUUUGACAACCAUUCCAGUUGCCUGGCAACCGAUCGAUCCCGAGUAUAUCAAUGGAAUUUUAAUCGGGUACAAGAUUAGGUACCAGGCCGUCGCAGUUGGUGAGGAGACAGUUGAAAAUGAGCCAAUCAGAGAGCAGAUAGUCCCAAAGUCUACUCUGUCUCUGGUACUAAAUAAUCUUGAAGUAUUUACUUUGUAUCGUAUUGAUGUGUUGGGAUUUACAAACAUAGGAGAUGGUCCAUCGGCAACUGAUUAUGCAGAGACUUGCCGUUGUCAUAAACGCCUCACAACGAGUUGGUACGAAUUUCGUCCAUAUGUUCGGGCGUCUAAGGAAAAUCUCCUGAGUGGGCUUAUUCCACCAAUCCUUGACAAGCUAACAGUCACGUGCUGUGAAACCUGUCAAUCACACGGCAAAUCGUACGUAGACAUGAAUUCAAAUGGGUUCAAUGAAUCCGCCGAGCUUCCGAGUCUACGUGCAUUAAGGAGCAACAUCGGAAAUCCAACAGACUUUUUGUUUCCGAUGUAUGGAUUCAAAGACCAGACGCAUUUUGCCGAACAGUUUGGUUAUCAAGGGAUAGUUGAAUCACCUGGAAUGGCGUACAUAGUGAAUACAAACUCACAGGAUGACAUGCCCAAAACUAUCUUGGUGAACAUUGUUUCUUGCUGGCCAGUAGUCAUGCUGGCUAUGGCUUUUACGUAUUUGGCAGGCAUAUUAGUUUGGACAGUGGAGUCGCGUUGUAACCCAGACUUUCCUCCAUCGUUCGUCGAAGGAUUACCUGAGGGCUUUUAUUGGUCAUUCGUUUCCAUGACAACAGUUGGAUACGGUGAUCGUUCACCGAUGUCAGUUGUAGGGAGAUUUUUUGCUAUUAUCGUUAUCCUCUCCGGGCUGAUAAUCUUUGGUCUUGUGACAAGUGUCAUGACAACGGCUAUUACGACAGCUACUAUGGAAACGGAGUCCAGUCUCUACGGAGCUAAGGUAGCAGCGAUCAAAGGAUCUCCGGAAUACAGAAUGGCAGUGAGGAAGAAUGCACGAUUGGACGAAGAUCACGAAUACCACACGUUUGACGAUAUUUACAUAGCUCUAAAUGAACGGCAAGUUAUUGGAGCUUUGAUAGAUACAUAUAGUGCUGGAAGUAGCAAGGACUUAUUUGAGCAAGAAAAUCUACGAGUGAAUAAGAUCCUGGAUUACUCAGCUACAUACGGAGUUGUGAUGGGCAAUGAAGCCAAAAAACUCCGGCGCUGUUUCAAGCAUUACACUGAGAAGGUCUUGGCUAGUGAGAUUGCACACCAUAUACAGAACAAUACUGAACAGUUGCAGGAGCCUGCUGAGUCACUCGCGGUGGAAAGAUCCACAGGACUGUUCGACAGUCGCACUGCGUUAUUCAAGAAAUCAUUGCUGGUCAGUGGUUCCUUGUUAACAUUGUUUUUGCUUUCUGGCAUUACCUGGGAAAUAAUUCGAUUCAUCAGGGCAAGAUCAAAAAUUCAUCCAUCAGCUAUAAGACAGAAGUUGGAAAUAAUGGGCGAGAUGAAAGCGAUGGUGGAAACUCUUAACAAGAACAUUCGCGUAAUUCAUGUGAACUUGGCAAGAAGACAUUACAGAGAAAGACAAAAGUUAUUAAAGACCCACAUACAGGAGCCGAAGAUAGAAUUCCAAUCAAUAGCUGAAAUAAGUUCUCAGGAACUCGCAAACACCUUUGAUUCAAAUUCACGUUUUCAAGAGGAAAGAGAACACGAGGCAGACUGUUGACGAUGAUGAUAACGAUAAUGAUAAUAACGAUAAUGAUGAUGAUGAUAACGAUAAUGAUGAUGAUAGUGAUAAUGGUAAUGAUAACGAUAAUGAUAAUGAUAACGAUGACGAUGAAGAUGACUGCGGUGUAUGAACGAGUUAAUAAUCUAACGCAGUUUGAUUGAGAGUCGCAUGAUGAAAACAAUAAUUACAAUGGGUGUCAAGAAUUUUCGUUAGGAUAAGUCUCUCAUAUAAGUAAAUGAUAGAUAGAUAGAUAGAUAGAAAAUGUAUUAGAUAAAUAAAUGGAUAAAUAGAUAAAUGUAUUUAAGGUGAAAUAAUUCUUACGUCAGUGGAGAGAUUGUUCCUGAAUAUGGAGAGGGAUUGUUUUAAAAAGGUCAAAUAUUUAAACGAAGAAAGUCA